UUUGUUACUACUUUUGUUCAAUGCCAAAGAAAGAGAAUCUCUGUUCUUCCUUUGCUUCUUUCUUCCUUUGCUUCUCACCGUAGGAUUCUUCGAGUUCCUUCGAAAAUGGCGGCUCCAACAAGAUCGGAGGCUCUUUCGCUUCUCCGCUCUCUGAUCCGUACAUCCCGUCAGUUCUGCGACUACAACAUCAGAGAGUACGCGAAACGACGCGUCGUCGAUGGCUUCCGCCAUAACCGAAACCUUUCCGACCCUUCAUCCAUUUCCUCCGCCUACGCCGAUGGGAAGGCUCAGCUUGAAGUUGCUAAAAGACAGUCCGCCGUUUACUCCCUCUAUGCGCCGAAGGUAAAGAGCAUCAUGGAGGCUCAUCGCAUAAACUGACAGAAGCUCUUUUGCCUUAAUUUAUUGUAAUUCUAAUUCUAUUAUGAUAGAUUUCGUGAGUUAGGGUUUGUUUCUGCUUCACGGAUCAUACCUUCUCAUACCUUUUCUACUAAGAAUUUAAUAAAUCGCUUGUUCUGUGGUUUUUGCUUGUUUGUUUGAGCAAUUAAUCCUUUAUUGUGGGAUGGAAUAUGUAAUAUUUGGUGAUGAUGAACAUGAUUAGACUGAUAUUCUCAUUGGUUUUGAUUUGUUGGA